CCACCCUCGCCGUCGUCAAGCCAAGCUCGAGCGAACACGCUACAACACUCAUCCAAACAACGCGCGCGCACACACGAAGCGGAGCAUCGCAGCACCGGCAUAGUCGCAAGCAUGGCGCAGGAGAGCCUGAGGCUGGUGUCGCACCCGAUCGCGGCGCACGACGGGCGUCUGCCGCGGCAGUACACGCUGGAGGGUCAGGGGGCGAAGAAGGACAUGUCGCCGCCGCUGGAGUGGUACGGCGUCCCCGACGGCACGCGGUCGCUGGCGCUGGUGGUGGAGGACAUCGACGCGCCGGACCCGGAGGGCCCCAUCGUGCCGUGGACGCACUGGGUGGUGGCCAACAUCCCGCCCACCACCAAGGGCCUCCCCGAGGGGUUCUCCGGCAAGGAGGCCGCGGCGGGGCGCGAGUACGGCGGCGUCCAGGAGGGCGUCAACGACUGGAAGCAGCCCGGGUGGCGCGGGCCCGUGCCGGAGUCGCGCGGGCACCGCAUCCAGUUCAAGCUCUACGCGCUCGACGACGAGGUGCACCUCGGCAACAAGGUGACUAAGGAUAAGCUCUUGGAAGCCAUCGAGGGACACGUGCUUGGUGAGGCCGAGCUGGUCGCCCUGUUCUAAGGAGGCACCGCCACGUAGUACUGUUAUGGGUUCUGGGUUCUUGAAUCUUUGUUGGGCGGUGUGCCUUGUAUAUUUGUGGCAACCUUGUAAUUUUGAUCUAAUAAAAGAGAACUCAGUUGUGGUCGUGAAGUGAAUCAUGUGGUAGAGAGGUUCAGGUGAUGUUUUUUUU